GCCACAAACAGCUGCCACACUUUGACAUCUCGCGAACCCCCUGUGGGAAAAAUAUUUUAAAGAGUAAUUCACCAACUCGACUGUUCCCCCUCUCUGGCCUUUUUAAGAAAAACCGAAAGGUCACUCAAUGUACCCCCACUGCGCAAGCACACGCAUAGAGCGGCAAAAGAACACGCUCAAAGCGGCAUAAGCACACCAACAGAGCUGCACAAUCACACCCACGCACGAUUUGGGAGACCGGCUAAAAUAUUCACGGAACACCCCCCAUUUGUGUGCCUUCUGAAAAAUGUAUAAACGAACCCUCUUUGUGCUAGGCUUGGCACUUUUGAACUUCCUCGGCGCGGAGAGUAAAAAUGUCGUUUCUUCCUUUUUGUCCUAUUUGAACUCCAAAAUUAAUUCGACAAGCGAAAUAUCGAAAGUGGUCCAAAUGGGCGACACCAUGACGUGUCUAGUUAGUAAAGAAAAUAACAACACGCGUAACGAAUGCUCUUGUUCGUUUAAAAAGCUGAAAGAAUUUGAAAAAAAAUGCUCUUCCAAUUUUAAAAAAAACCAAGAAGACGCUAAAAACUGCUCUGAAGAACAUUGUGAAAUUUGUUGUAGCUUAAUGAAUUCAAACAGUGUAGCAAAUUCCAUCCUGGACUAUGAAUUUUUUUGCAAAAAAAAAUGUGCACGAUCGAGCAUUGUUUCAAAUUUGAAUGAAGAUGAUUAUAAAUUAGUUUUUAAAAAGCUAAUUGAAUUUAUUCGUAUUUUUUAUCCUUCCAAUGUGCUUAAUUAUUACCCCAUUCGGAAAAGGGCCUCCGCGAAUUACACGAAUAGGCCACUGGACGCAAAAAAUCAAACGAUAAUGGACGACCUAAGUGAAGAGCCCCGCGCGUCAAAUCGCGAACAUGUAGAAGAUCGUACAACGUCGCUAACAGCGGAAGAGUCGGAGGAGUUUUUUUCUCCCUAUGAUGAAAGCUAGUUUUUUUU